ACCACCAGGUAUGUCCGCGUCACUUUUCACCAUCAGUUCGAGUGAGGCGUCGAUACUCGUUCGAAAUCAGCGAAAGAGAGAUGACGACAGAUUCUGCUUCCUUCUCCAAGUGUCGUUUCAAUCGGUGUAUAGCGACUCGCCGAUUCCUAACACGUGUAUGAAGAAAAUCCCCAGACUUUUGAAUGGCAUUCCACUGGGACCCGGCGUGAUGGCGCGUGAUCAAUUGGACAGCAUACGGUGGCGCUAUAUAGAAGGGGGAACCAAGCUGCACACAUUUAUCUCGGUUCCGAUGUUCGAAGAGGAGGCGGAGGAGAGCAAACGGUCGCUCAGAGACAGUCUCAUGAGGCAGUCUCAAGCGGUGUUCGGUGAUAUAACCGUCAAGGCGUCUGUGAUACUGUCUCACUGCAUCAACUAUGAUGACGACAUCAUCCUCAACGACAUUGCCGUGCCUUUAGAAGAGGGUCUUCACUUCCGGGACUAGAUGGAAUACUUACGCUGAUUCUAAAUGGAAGCGGACCGCGCGCUCCAGUCUAAAGGAGGGCAGAGCCGUCCACUCAUGGACAACUAGCUUGUGCAAUGAAUAUUCGUUUUUUUUGGCGCUUAUUAAGCUUGCUAAUUUAUACCUUGUAUGUUAAGGUUAAUGUUUCGGCUAUUGUUUCGGUUAUGGUGAGUUUUUUAUCCAAACAUUUUAUAGUUUCUUUUAUUAAGAUAAAUCAUAGAUUGAUUUAAUAAAGUGAUGAAAAUAUAUUAAUGUAAGGGUAAGCCAGACUUACUCUUGAGGAAGUUCCAUUUAUAUAUAUGUAUUUAUGUAUUUACAUUUAUAUUUAGCAAUUGUUUCUUUAUUUUUUGUUCAUUUUGUUUCGACUGCAUGAAUCGUUGAUAAACUAUUUUAGGAUUCCCAUGUUACAUUUAUGGGUUGUUCCAAAUACGUUUUUUACCCAAUACAUGUAUUAUGUUUCCUUGAAAUCAAGC